AUGCCAAAAGUUGAACAUUUUACAGCGAGCGCCGGGUUUCCCGUUUAUUGCACAGCGUUUAAUCCUGCGGGAGAACUUUUGGUCGGAGGUGGGGGCGGCCAGUCUAGCUCGGGAGUGCAAAAUAAGCUCGCACUCUAUAAGGUUGACCCAACCGCGAAAAAAAUCGAGCAAUUGACAGAAUAUAAACUGGAGAAAGGUGAAGAUGCUCCAAUGAGUAUGGCAAUUCAUCCAGAGGAUAAUGUGGUUGCUUGUGGAAUUAAUGGCACGGAAGAAAGUAUAAAGGCUGGUGAAAACUAUAAUUGUCGAAUUUUUAAUUAUUAUAACGAAAAAAUUGAUCUGGUUGACAAGAAACAAACAUCGUCAAGCACAGACCCUGAAGACUAUUUGAAAGUAAUUAGGUUUAGUAAAGACGGUAAACUUCUGGCCUUGGGCGGGACGGAUAGUAAGCUUACUGUAUACAAAUAUCCGUCAUUGGCCCCGGCCUUUCCUCCGAUUAACUACAACAAAGAGACAAUAUAUGACCUUGACUUUAGUUCUGAUGGAAAACAGAUAACGGCCUUGUCUGAAAAGACUUUGGGCGUAUGGGCGACGGAGGACGGAAAGCUUGUUCAAACGAUCGAACGUCCUGUGUUUCAGAAGACUGUCGAUGCACAAUUUAGGGCUUGCCGCUACGGCCAAGGCGAGUACGCGGGCUUUCUCUAUGUAGUUGUGAAUCCAUCCAACCGUCGAAGAGCAUUCAUUGUAAAAUGGGAUAUUGAGACAUGGAAUAAAGUAGCUUCAAAGACAGUCGCAAGCAAACCUAUUACUACAUUUGCUAUAAGUAACGAUGGAAAGUAUUUGGCAUAUGGAUCAUCCGAUCUAAGUGUCGGUAUCUGUGAUUCAAGAAACCUUCGAGUCUUGUUAAGACUCUCAGACGUUCACAGCUUUUCGCCGACAACCAUAGUUUUCAAUCAUUCAUCGUCAGUCUUGGUGAGCGGCAGUAUUGACAGUGUACAUUUGGUAGUGAUUCCAAAGACUAUCGGCCAAGGCAACUCUUUCCUUGCAGUGGCAGUCAUCACUCUUUUGUUUGGAUUAGCGAUACUAUUAGCCCUCAUAAUGUGGCAGAUGUUGUAG